UGUUCCCCCUCAGACAUUGUCUCAAUCCCACACGCUUCUUACUCCUCUCAUAACUUUUCUGCUCCCCGUUGAGAAAGAUUUGAAUCCAAAGGAAAAAUAACGCUAAUGGCUCCAAGAGACAGCCGAGCCACCGCGCUCAUUGGGCCCGGCCCAAGCCUAUCACCGGCCCACAAAGAGAUCCGCUACAGAGGCGUCAGGAAACGCCCCUGGGGCCGCUACGCCGCCGAGAUCCGCGAUCCCGGCAAGAAAACCCGCGUCUGGCUCGGCACUUUCGACACCGCCGAGGAAGCCGCGCGCGCCUACGACACCGCCGCGCGUGAGUUUCGUGGCGCCAAGGCCAAGACCAAUUUCCCGACACCCUCGGAACUCAUCCUUAACAACAACAACAUAAACGCUCGUAGUCCCAGCCAGACCAGCACCCUCGACUCAUCCUCUCCCCCGCCACCGCCACCGCUAGACCUUACCCUCACCCCUCUCUCCUCCGCUGUCUUCCCGGUGGCGCGUCCUGUUCUAUUCUUCGACGCAUUCGCGCGUGCGGACACCAUGGUCGCCGUCUCGCGCCGCGAGACCUGCGGCUUCGAACGCCCCGCCGCCGAUUUCCGCCGCGGCGACUCCGACUCUGAUUAUAACCGCCGCAUACUCCUGGAUCUUGACCUGAACGUGCCUCCUCUCCCGGAGGUUGCCUGAUUCAUGCAGGGAGUUCUGUUUUUUCGCAAUUAUUGUUUUUUUGGUUUUUUAAGCAUCUGGGAGGUACUACUACGCAUUUUUUUGACGAAAGUGCCCUCGAGGGAGCAGCAAAGUGAGUAGUGGAUGACAUGAUGCUCGGAUUUGUUGACCAUUUUGUGAUGAUGAAGAUAUAUAACCGGCACGUUAUGUAAAUACACGUUAUAACCGAAAGCAAACGUGCUUUUGCUUGGUUGCUUUUUUUUUUUGCAACUGAGGACUCUUAUUCAGAGUAUCUCAUGGUUGUUUCUGCAAUUUCUCAAAAUAUAUAAAUAUUCCAAUUUCCAUCAUGUGUU